AAAUGUCUAAAAUAAGCCAUUGAAAGUGAGAGAGAGAGAAAGAAAUUACUUUUCCUUAUUGUUACAUACAUACAUACAUAUUAAAAUCGUAACCAAACCGCCUCCACCAUAAUCAUCAAUAUAGACAAUGAAAUUUUCAAAUAUUAACAACACAAUGUCAUCAUCAUCAUCAUCAUCAUCAUCAUCAACGACAAACGAUAAAACCAACACGGUUCGUUCAUCGUCUAAUCAUCGACAUCAUAUUGGCCAACAUUAUCGUCAACAUUCAAACCUAAAUCAUAAUCAUAAUCAUUAUGGCCAUCGAUGGUUAAGACAUCAUCACCAUCGUAAUCAUCAUUAUCAUCAUUAUCGUAGAAUAUCACCAUUAACAAUGAUGAUUCCACCAUAUGUUAUAAUUAAAAUUUGUGAUCAUCAUUAUAAAGUACCAAGCAAUAUUCUAUGUCAAUCAAGCCAAUUUUUCAAUGCACUAAUACAUUUUCAUAAUGAUAUUGAUGAUUCGAAUGAAAAUCAACAACAAUCAACAACUUCCACAUCAUCAUCAUCAUCAUCAUCUCCCACAAUCGAUUUGAAUGAAAUUGAAAUAAUUGAAAAUGAAAAACAAGAUGUUUUCCGUAAAAUAAUGAAUCGUUUUUUAGCUAUUGUUGCUGUUGAUGAUCCAAUUGAACAACAACAACCACAACAAGAUAAUAAUUAUAACCAACAACAACAACAACAAAAUCAAGAUUCAUUAGAUUUUCUUUUCGAUUGUAUACUUGUUUGUAGUAAAUAUUUCUUUGAUUAUCUUGAACGGAUAUAUUCGGAUGAAUUUGUACAAAAAUUACGUAAUAUAACAUCCGAAUUGGCUGUUACCGAUGUUAUUGUUCCAAAUGAUGAUAAUUCGAAUGAUGAUAAACAUUCGAACAAUGAUAAUGAUACAAAUGAUUGUUGGCUAUCAAUGUUGGAAAUUUAUCGUCUUGCACAAGUAUAUAAUCUUGAAUAUUUAUCUGAAGAAAUUCUUGAAUUAAUUCGUGAAAAACGUUCAUAUUUUUUACGUCGUUUACGAAAUACUUAUUAUUUUUGGUGAUAAGAAAUUUUUUUUUUCAAUUUUUUGAAUUCAUUCUUUUUCGACAGAAAAAAAAAUUCUGUGAUUCUGUUCAUUUGUGAGAUUUUAUAAUAAUUAUAAUAAAUAUUUUUUUUUAAAGAAAA